CUCUGUGCCUUGCGGAGGAAAAACUAAACAUGGGCAAAGGAGAUCCUACGAAGCCGAGAGGCAAAAUGUCAUCAUAUGCAUUCUUUGUGCAAACUUGCCAGGAGGAGGACAAGAAGAAGCACCCGGAUGCCUCCGUCAACUUCUCAGAGUUUUCUAAGAAGUGCUCAGAGAGGUGGAAGACUAUAUCUGCUAAAGAGAAAGAGAAACUUGAAGACAUGGCCAACGCGGACAAGGCUCGUUAUAAAAGAGAAAUGAAAACCUACAUACCCCCUAAAGGGGAAACAAAAAAGAAGUUCAAGGAUCCCAAUGUGCCCAAGAGGCCUCCUUCGGCCUUCUUCUUGUUCUGUUCUGAGUAUCGCCCUAAAAGCAAAGGGGAACAGCCCGGCAUGCCUAUUGGUGAGAUUGCGAACAAACCGGGAGAGAUGUGGCACAACACUGCUGCAGAUGACAAGCAGCCUUAUGGAAAGAAGGGUGCUAAGCUGAAGGAAAAACAUGAAAAGGAUAUUGCUGCCUACCGAGCUAAAGGAAAACCUGAUGCAGCCAAAAAGGGGGUUGUGAAGGCUGAAAAGAGCAAGAAAAAGAAGGAAGAGGAGGAAGAUGAAGAGGAUGAGGAAGAAGAGGAAGACAAAGAGGAUGAGGAUGAAGAUGAUGAUGAUGAAUCAUCCUUCCUUCAGAACAGGGUCAGAGUUGAGGGAAGACAUGGCAUCUGCACCUUCCUGGGUGCCAACUCCAACUUCCACAGCAGCGCAGGCACUCAGCAGAGCCGGGAAACUCAGCUGCCCCAGCAGGAGAGUGAGGAGGCCGCCCCCGCCCCUGGGUCACCCUCCAAGAGAGCAGGCAUUCUACCUUCAUCUUCCAGAGUAAAUUCAAUGCAGGAAGCUGGAGUAUCUGAGGUUCCCCCAGACACUAAACAACUGAAAGCCAAGCCUUGUGGGCCCAGAAUGCAUGAGCAUCAGGCUGUAACUCUGGAUCUCGAAGAACAAAGCGUAGAAUUCAAGUAG